AAUAAUUCAUGAGGGGCUGCUGACACCACCGCAGGAAAGUUGAGUUUACAAACUUCAGUUUGAAGUGCGCACAGCUCGCUGUCAACAAGUCAGAGGGACGCAUCAACUCAAAGGGAAAAAGAAAUGUACUCAUGUUUCCCAUACAGGGACACAUUUAUAUGUUUUCUAGCCUUUUAAACUUUUUAUUCAUUCGCAUAAACUGAAGUACAGAGAGACAACACAACGCUAGCUUUGGCAAAAAGCAAGCAACCCAUCUUGGAAGGUUAAAGGAAUCGACUUCUCUCUCAGCUCCUGUACCUUUAUUUUUUUUAAACUCUAUCUUAAGAUCUUCGUGGAAAAUGAGUAAUCAAAUGCAACCUUUACCUGGACAUCAAGUGGUCCAUGUCGCACAGGACCUUGAUACAGAUCUCGAGGCGCUGUUUAAUUCGGUUAUGAAUCCAAAACCGAGUUCUUGGAGGAAAAAAAUGCUUCCCGAAUCAUUUUUCAAGGAACCAGACUUGGGGACGCAUUCUCGUCAAUCAAGCACCGACUCUGGUAGCCAUACUCCCAGACUUACUGUGCAACACGCGCGGUCACAUUCCUCUCCUGCCUCGCUUCAGCUUGGAACCGGAGCCAACGCGACCCCAAACCAGGCUCACCACGCUCAUCUGCGCCAGCAGUCAUUCGAUGUUGCCGAUGAAUUGCCCCUGCCUCCUGGAUGGGAGAUGGCGUUUACGUCCACGGGCCAGCGAUACUUUCUCAACCACCUAGAGAAGAUCACCACGUGGCAGGACCCUCGCAAGACCAUGACUACCGGCAUGAACCAGAUGGGCCUCCACAGUCCUGCACCCUCCACCCUAGGGCAGCAGUGCUCCAUUGCCAUGGCUCAGCCCAAUCUGGUGAUGCCCCACCAUCACCAGCACCACCCACAGCACCAGCAACAACACCACCAGCAUCAGCAACACCACCAGCGUCAACACCACCAGCAGCAUCAGCAGCAGCAGCCGACUCAGGCCCAGGCUAUGGCCUCCAACCCCCCGGUUUCCCAGCAGAGCCUCCAGCAGCAGGCCGCCCAGGUGGGGCUCCUGAGCCUACCCAACCCCCUGACCAGCCAGCAGCAGCACCAGCAGAAGAUGCGGCUGCAGCGGAUCCAGCUGGAGCGGGAGCGCAUCCGCAUGAGGCAGGAGGAGCUGAUGAGACAGUGUGGCAGCGGCACCCUUGUUACCGCUGUGGGUUUUCCCCAGGAGGUGGCGCUAUGCAGACAGAUGCCCAUUGAUUCCGAAAAUAUGGCCGCGGGACCCACCCCCAUUAAUACUGCACCUUUGACCCAGGGAACAAUGCCUAAUCACAACUCCGACCCCUUUCUCAACAGCGGGCCGUACCAUUCCAGAGAGCAGAGCACGGACAGCGGCCUGGGACUGGGCUGCUACAGCAUCCCCACCACCCCCGAGGACAUCCUCAACAACGUGGAGGAGAUGGACACUGGAGAGGGACUUGCCCAAGGCACCCUGGGAGUUCCUCAGCAGAGCCGAUUUCCUGACUUCCUGGACUCCCUGCCGGGCACCAACGUGGAUCUGGGCACUCUGGAGGGAGCCGACCUCAUCCCCAUCCUCAACGACGUGGAGUCGGUGCUCAACAAGGCCGAGCCCUACCUCACCUGGCUGUAGAACGAGCGAGAGACCAGAGUGAGGCGCCAGAGACCAACAUACAACAAGACUAAAGACUGAAGUGCAUGGUUUCUUUCUGUUUGGUCAAUGAAUUUUUUAAAACUUUUAUAUCUGUGUCUCAGUUGACCUCAUGAUUAUGUUAUUCCUCUGAAUCCAAAACAGAAAAACACUAACAAAGCCUUUCAAUUAGUACCACAAGAAAAGCACAUAUGGUGAUAUCACAGUGAAUCACAAUCUUUGUAGCACUAAACCUUUUUGACAUGUAGCAUAGACUUAUUUUAUUUUCCAUACUUUUUAAAGCAAUAGCUGGUAAAUAUGUCGGUUGCGGUUUAUGAAACGGAUAGGAUGGCCCAAACCAGUGAUGCUGGUCCUCCUGUGCUGUGGAAAGCACAGGAAGCAGGCAGGGAUGCCAUUAGUGCAGCAGGUUGGAUUCACUUGUCCUUUUUGAAAUGUAUAGUGUAAUCGGGCUCCUUUAAUUAGUGUCCAACAAUGUUGUUACUCUACAAAAUAUUCAACAAAUACAGCAGAGAGAACAGGGAACAGUCUGGUCAUGUAUCCACAACCUGCAUGCAUUUAGCUGUGACCAUUAUAAAAUCAGCUCAAGCGUUAUGAACCAAAGUGAUUUUUUUUUCCCUUAACUCUUUUCUAUUUUUACCAAAUAUACUGUACCAAAAUUUCCUAAUGUGUGUUGAGUUUUGAGUUAAGUGAAACUGUAAACUUACAGUUGAACUGAGUAGCUUUUAAGUCAUGUUAUUUAGUUGUACUCUAGCUGAGCGUACAAGCACACAUUCAGCUUUUUAGUGAUAAGGACACCGAAGGGUGUCACACUUCAGCUGUGUUAAGUAGCAAACUUCUAUUUAAUAGUAUUCACUUUUUAUAACAGUACAUUUAAAAAAUACAAGCUGUAAAAAUGCCACAAUUCGUUCAGCUGCAUUUCUUGGCUUUCUAGUAUUAAUAUAGUUAGCUUUUUGUAUUUAUAAAGGGCUAUUUUUCUUUUUGUAAUAGUGAUUUUAGGUUUUAAUAAAUUUGAAACUUCAAAGCACUACAAUUCAACUAUGCAUUAAGAGAUUUCAGUUUAUGAAUGUAUGUUGAGUGUUGAGAAGUUUAUCAAAAUAAAUAAUCCUCUGUAAAUAAUUAUUUUAUUCAAAUAUUAUGCAUGGCUUUAUUUUUUUAAUACAUCACGUCUCCACAUUUUGUAUUGUUUAGGAGACAGACUUAAAUCCAAAGGAGUACACCUCAUUGACAUUUGUGCUGCUGGGAUUUUAAAAAAGAAAUGUUUUUUAUCAUUUGAGAAAAAUGUGGUUAAAUAUAAUGAAUGAUUCAUUAUCAAUUGGGGAAACUGUGGCUUGAAGAGACAUUGCUUCGUUCUGCAUGUACUAAUGCAACCUAGUUACCUUUGUCUAAACUCUGUUUUGCAUGUUUAACGUGGUAUAGUGCAAGUGCUCGAUAAUCCCACUGUCUAUCAUGACUGUGCUGUGCCCUGUUUCCCUAUAGAAUGUCAGGACUGAGAAGGCAACAGUGUAUGUGAAUUGUGCUGGUGAAUUUAACAAAGGAAGGAAACUGAUAUUGGAUUGGGCACUGCUGAUGAUGUCCUGGAGUGAAGUCACACAGAAUAAGAAAUGUAGCAGCCAUUAAGAAGGCAAUGACAGACAUAGGCCUCCUUAGCUGGCCCUGACCCUUUUCUCACUGUAGCUGCAUCACAUUCGGAUGUCAUCUGUGUUAGUCAGUUUUUUUACUGCCAGUGACAGUGGCAUGUAUUCAGUGAAUACUUGUUCUUAACUGCAUGAAUUGGUUUUCCAUCAAAAAAAUUAGCAAAUUAAUUUUAGAAAUUGCUGAAUCUUCCAAUUUGUGGUUGUGUAAUGUUUGCAUUUGUACUUAAUUAUAGUCAAAGUUAAGCACACAAGUUGAUUGAAUUCAGGCCAGUGCAUUCGGCAUCACUAAGUCUUGCCAUUGUAAUCAGUUCCCACGCUGCGCUCUUGUAUAAACAAAUCAUCCAGUGACUGGGCUCAAACAAAACUGAUUUUGUUUCAGCUGAUCUGAAAUCAGUGAGGUUGAAGAGCACAUGGAAUGAGGAACACAAAGACAUGUGCCUGGGUGCCAGGGUUCCACAGUGGUAAUCAUAUUUAAAGAAGGCUUGGAGAACGGGCUCACCCUGGCAAGCCUGAUAAAACUUUCCUCAAUUAUGACCGAAAUGCUUUGGGUUCUAAAGCACCAUGUUCUCUUCUUCUUUCAUUGACCACUACAGUAAUAGUAAUCAUGAAAGCAAGUGAUAUAAUACUGAGUGAAGACUGUGUGGUAUUCUAACUGCCUGGUUUGAUUUCUAAAGCUAAAAUGAUUUUCUUGCAUUAAUCGUCUCAUCCACUAUUUGGAAAAAAAUGUCUCCAAUAAGAUUGAUACAAUGAUGAGAAUUAUGAUCAGGUGUGUUACUAAUGAAGUGGAGUGGUGUACAACACAGUUUUAACAAUAAGGGUUUGAGGUUCAAGAAAAUGCAUGGAAAGAACUGUUUUCUGUGGUUAACAUUUGUAAUUGUUAAUUGCCAAGGAGUUCUGAAAAUUGUUUGCAAAUAAGGCAUAUAUUUUGGAGCUCUCAGAAUUUGAGAAGAAAGCUAUAGUAACAAAUAAAAACUCUAAUAAAGCCAUAAAAACCA